AUGUCUAAAAUCCGUAAUAUUGGUAUUUUAGCACAUGUGGAUGCGGGAAAGACAACAACAAUAGAAAGAAUGCUUUUUUACAGUGGAUAUACAGAUCGUUUGGGUGAGGUUGAUAAGGGUUCAACAGUUAUGGAUUAUCUUCCAAUGGAGAGGGAAAGAGGAAUUACAAUUAAAUCAGCGGCAAUAUGGUUUAUGUGGAAUGGGUAUAGAAUUAAUUUUAUUGAUACACCAGGCCAUGCGGAUUUUGUGUUUGAAGUGGAACGAGCUCUUUCAGUCAUGAAUGGAGCAGUUGUUUUACUGGAUGCAAUUUCUGGUAUAGAAGCUCAAACGAUUCAUGUUUGGAGACGAGCAACUCGAUGGAAGCUUCCUAGACUUAUUUUUAUUAAUAAAAUGGAUCGACCGGAUGUUGAUCCAACUAAAAUCUUUACACAAUUUCAACAUCAAUUCGGUGUUCGUCUAGUUGCAAUGCAAGUUCCGAUUUUUAAUAACGAUUCUGGAGUAGAUAGUAGGUUUUGUGGACUUAUUGAUAUUAUAAGUAUGGAAGCGUUUUUAUGGCAUCCAAAUAGCGAUGGUACUGUAUUUACACGACAGCCACUAGAUGCUGUUACUAAUAAAAAGCAAUUAAAACAAGCAACUGAUGCACGGAUUCAUCUAGUAGAAACAUUAACAGAGGUUGAUGAAAUUUUAAUUGAUGCAUUUCUUAAUUCUGGUUCCAAUUUAUUACAUAUUGAUUCAAAUGUUUUAAGCCAAGCUGUUCGUAGGGCAACAUUAUCGAACUUUCUGAUUCCUGUUUUUUACGGUUCUUCACUUAAAAAUAUUGGUAUUCAAUUACUCCUUGAUGCAAUGGUAACUUAUUUACCCUCAUCUGAAGAGCGUUCAGAUGAGACUCUAUCCUUUAUUAAAGACAUCUCUAAAAACCUUCACCAAACAGAAGGUCAAUCAGAGAAUACGCCUAUAGAAUACAAGAAUAUUUCAUUGAUGUCAAAUCCUUUAGUUAAUUCUCUGAAAAGAGAGGAUAUUUCUGUAUUUGCUAUUGUUUUUAAGGUGGUAGUUAACCGAGGUAUUAGAUAUGUUUAUAUCGCAAUGCAUAAAGGAUGUCUUCAGAAAGGACAAUGGUUACGACUUGUACGAGGAGGUCGUAUACGAGUUGAAGAAUUACGGGAGUGUAUUGGUGGAACAACUAUUUUGGGUUCAGAUCCUACUCUUCCUCGUCCGUUUUCUGGAGUCAAAGCAAAUAAUACAGGCUCUCCAAUUAAUCGAAUUGAUCAAGGAAAUUGGGGCAUAAUGAUUAGUAACGAUAGAAUUCGUACUGGCGAUAUAUUUGUGGACAGUGCCGAUAUUGAUAUGCGAAUAGAUCAUAUAACAGAUAUGAAGAUUCAAGCUAUAUUUGAUGAAUUACCUACUCCAGUAGUUUCUGUAGCUCUUGAACCAAUAGGUGCAGAGACAAUUCGAUCUUUACCCCAGGUACUUUCAUGGCUUUUGGAUGAAGAUCCAAGUUUGCGAGUUGAUGAUAAGGAAGGACAAAUUUUAUUAACUGGAAUCGGUGAACUUCAUAUUGCAGCUGCAUGUGAUCGCUUGAUUAACCAUUUUCGUCUUAAUAUUCGUAUAGGCAAUGUUCAGCUUCAACGUCGGGAAAAGAUUUUAAAUGAAGUAGUGACACAACAAACAUAUCAUGCUACUAUGCAUAAACAAAUUCCUAUAGAUGUUGUGGUUCGUCUAAAACCUAUAGAUAAUCCCGAAAAACUCAAUGGUCUUGACAAUGAAAUUAUCAUUAAUGAAUCUGUUACGAACGAAUGUAAAUACUUAGGCAUUCAGAAGGUUCAACACGCAUGUACUGCCGGUGUUUUAGCAGGUCUACAAUCUGGUCCCAUUAAACAACUUCCUAUAAGUGGUGCUAAAGUAAUCGUGGAAUCGGUUAAUACCUAUGGAAUCACUAUUACUCCUUCAAUUUUGGGCGCAGCUGUUCGUUUUGCUAUCCUCCAUCUAAUUUCUAAUCUUCCUAACCAUUUCGUUUCUAUCGUCGAACCAAUUAUGUAUGUAAUCAUCACUUUAUCCCACGAUAAGGAUCUAGGAAACGUAAUAAAAGAUCUUACAGGUUUACGUCAAGGAAAGUUAAUUUCUAUAAACAACUGCUCUACAGGUCACCAUAUUCUUAUUGCUCAUAUUCCUCUUAAAUAUAUGUUGCAAUAUACAUCUGUCCUUAGAGAACUAACAAGUGGCACUGGUUCUUUUAUAAUGUCAUUCAAUCAUUUUGGGACACCUUAUUAA